GGAGAAGCGAAGCAAGUUCUUCCAAAGUGAGCAAGAUCUCUACCAUGGCGCCCAUAAAGAUGAUAGAUAUCGCCGUCAACUUCACAGAUGGCAUGUUUAAAGGCAUUUAUAAUAGCAAGCAACAUCACGUUUCUGAUAUUGCUACUGUUUUGAGUAGAGCUUGGAAUGCUGGCGUCGAUCGAAUUAUCGUUACGGGCGGUUCCCUUGAGGAGUCAAAGGAAGCUCUUGCCAUUGCAGAAACCGAUGGGAGGCUUUUCUGCACAGUUGGUGUGCACCCGACUCGAUGCAAUGAGUUUGAAGAGAGUGGGGAUCCUGAAAAGCAUUUUCAAGAUCUUUUGGCAUUGGCUAAGGAGGGAAUUCAAAGAGGAAAGGUGGUUGCGAUUGGUGAAUGUGGAUUGGACUACGACAGGCUUCACUUUUGCCCAGCAGAAACUCAAAAGAAAUAUUUCGAGAAGCAGUUUGAAUUAGCUUAUGCAGCAAAACUGCCUAUGUUUCUGCAUAUGCGUGCAGCUGCAGAAGAUUUCUGCGAAAUCGUGGAACGAAAUAUCAACAAGUUCUCGGGUGGGGUUACGCAUUCAUUUACCGGUACGGCCGAAGAUCGUGAAAAGCUUCUCUCAUUUCAUAACAUGUAUAUAGGUAUAAAUGGAUGCUCUCUGAAGAUGGCUGAAAAUCUUGAUGUUGUGAGGGACAUACUCGUCGAUAGAAUGAUGAUCGAGACCGAUUCUCCAUAUUGUGAAAUCAAGAGUACUCAUGCAGGGAUCAAGUUUGUUCAAUCUUCCUGGCCUUCUAAGAAGAAAGAGAAGUAUGAUCAAGAAAGUCUUGUUAAAGGACGGAACGAACCUUGUUUAGUCCGGCAAGUUCUCAAGGUCUUAGCUGGUUGUAAAGGAAUCAGUGACAUAGAUCAGUUGAGUGCUACAUUGUACCAGAACACCUGCAGGGUUUUCUUCCCUCAAGACUUGGACGCUGCAGCGGAUGCUCUUCUCACCGGCCGACAUGAAAGUCGAUGAUACAGUUUCAUGAUUUUAUGGGGUUUAAUGUACUAAGAUUUAGAGAGAACCAGAAUCCUACGUAUUUUAGGAUUGCUAGCACAUGGCAUAGCUACUUUCGAGUUUACGACGGAUCAACCGAAACGCCCCAUUUAUAUAAUCCGAUCUGUAAACCCGUUUUCUUACGUAUCGCUACGCUUUAAGCA